AUCAGCUGUUUAAUCCACGAAGGGAACAUUGAACUCUCUAUUUUAGUCCAUUUUGUUUCACGAGGGACUCAAAUCUAGCAUUUCUGUCGGUAGAAAAAUUCUCCAAUAUACAGGGAACACUCAGACACAGGCGGGGUGUUGCAUUUCCUCCUGUGGACAAUGAACGAGAAGGAGUCACAUGAGAAUGAGACAGAAGAGACAGGUAAUGGUGAAAGACAGCCUCAGACAGAGCAGCAGCAGCAAGAGCUACAACACCUACAACAGCAACAGCAACUACAGCAGCCACUGCAACAGCUACAACCACAGCAUCAACACCAACAGCUGGAGCAAGAGGAAAGAACAGCUUUGUUGGAGGAUGGAAGACUACAAGAGGACACACAGCCACAAGAGGUGUUACCGAUCCACAAUUCAAGUGACGUGGGCCCUGAAGGCCCCAAGGAACCUGGAGGGCCCAUCAGGAAACCAGGGUUUAGAAGUAAGUCUGGCAUUGGCCCUCCCCCUCGUCCAUUUAAGAAAGCUAGGUAUGCCUGGGAGAUCAAGAACUAUGAGCAUACUUUAAAUAAUAUGACUCAGAACCUAGGUGAAUGUUCAACAGAUCUACAAGAUGAUAGUCAAGAUUCCCAUUCUAGUGAUGUGAAUAGUGAAGGUAGUCAGGAAGAUGGUGUGAUAGACCCCCGUGAGGCUUUACCUACUGUCGGCCUUGACAGGGCAACAUUUCUAGACCCAAGAGCAAGGCAAUUACCUGGCCCUUUAACCCCCAUUAUGCCAGCACCCUAUCCCACAACAUAUGGUAUGAUGGCAGCUCCUCCUCCCCCCGAUGCGAGCUUACGGCCCGGAGACUGCUUAAAGGAUAAUCAGCGUGUUCCACCUGACCCUGAUGCAGGUAUUUUAAGGUGGCACACCAGACAGUUGUGUCGAAGCAUAUUUGAUAAUACAGUUAAUCGAAUGCUGGAGAAUAUGGGUUUCUCGCCAGUAACGGAAAGAAGCCAGGGUAUACACCCUUUAUUAGUAUUAAGCCUAAGUGAUGAUGAUGAGCGGGAAGCAGAGGAAGCACAGCAACGUGCAUUAGAAAAUGAAGCCCUUACGGCAGCAAUGCACCAGAAAGGGCUUUUUCUACCACCGUAUCACUAUGAUCCUUUAGAAAGUGGCACAACUACAGACUAUGACUCCUCAGAUGAUGACAGUGAUCUCGGGGAGGAUCCUGGGCCAGAUGAUCUACCAAACGAAACCCACUUGCAAAUGUCACAUAUGAUCAGUAGACCCUUGCCUCGUGUACCAGCCAUGUCGGCCAUGACAACUAUGACUGGCAUGCCAGCCACCCCCAUCAUACCAACUGCACAAAUGGCUCCUCCCAGUACACAACCCUCAUCCCCACACCCAAUUCCGCCCCACCGGCCACAAGAGCCUGACUGUGAUUUAGACAAGCACGCCUGUGAUGCAGCUGUACCUAGGAAAGAUAAGAGCAGUGGGGAAGAAGAAGCGGUCAUAGAUAACAACAAAAACUCUGUAGGGGACCACAGCAGCUGCCCUGAAGUGGAUAGUGAGAGCAGAAGUGAUGCAGUUAGAAGGCAAGCAGACACUCCUAGCAAAGCGGAAAAUGAGAACAACAACGAUAAAUAUUUUGUAGACCAAGCCAUUGAAAUGGCAAUCAAGCAACAAGGCUUGGGUUACCAACAAGCGUGAUGUCCCUGUAGAAUAGCUAGGUCAACAAUUUGCAUUGUUCUGUGCUUUUUUUCUGCCAUCCCUUCCUGUGAGUGUUGAAUGUGUGAGGUUAGACUAGUUUCUUGCUGGACAUUGAGAAAAGAAAAUGUUAUUUCUAGAUAUGUUAACUGUCAACUGUCAUAAUAUAAUGCUUUUUACAAACUGACUUCGGGAAAUUCUUUGCAGAUGAAGUCAGGGCAUCCAGUGACUUCAUGCUAUACUUGUAUUUCCUAGUCUUUUCAAAGUCAUAAAUUAUGUUUAAUUUG